AUGGCAACGCCAAAGGCCACUUACUUUUGCGCUCGCCUCAUUCGUGUCAUCCGCUGCUCGUUUCUGGUGGAGGAGGACAACGGUUUGGGCAGCCCUGAUGAUGGUAUGCGUCGGGCAUUGCCGAUCAUCGAAGUAGCGCCAUUUCCACCUCUGAAGCUCAGGAGCUAUGGAGCUGGCCUCAACAACGACGACACUACUACCUGUACACUACGCUCCACGCUAUCACGACAGUUCUGCACCACCGAGCCUGAGCCGCAAAUGACGAAGUAA